AUGAUUAAUAAAGAUGAUAAAAUGAAUGAUGAUGAAUAUGAUGAAUAUGAUGAAGAUAAAAAUGGGUAUAAAGCUUCAGAAUAUGAAUUUGGCCAAGCUUUUGAAAAAGCUGUUGAAAAUGGCAACCUUGAAUUAAUUAAAUACUUGCAUGAAUUAGGAGAUUCAGAAUAUGAAUUUAAUUCUGCUGUUGAAAGUGGAAAUCUUGAAAUAAUAAAAUAUUUACAUGAAUUAGGGUACAGAGAUUCAGAAUAUGAAUUUAAUUUUGCUGUUGAAAGUGGAAAUCUUGAAAUAAUGCAAAAAGCUUCAGAAUACGCAAUUGAUAAAGCUUUUGAAAAAGCUGUUGAAAAUGGCAACCUUGAAUUAAUUAAAUACUUGCAUGAAUUAGGGUAUAAAGCUUCAGAAUAUGAAUUUGGCCAAGCUUUUGAAAAAGCUGUUGAAAAUGGAGGUGGAUCACUUAAGGUAAUUUGUAACAUCUUUGAUCCAGAAAAAGAACGAUGCGAAGAUCAAAGUUCUCACGGAACAUAUCUGGAAUUACCCAUUCCAUAG